AUGCCUAACCGAGCUAUCCUUACUGACGAUGGGAUCCUGAUCCAAUCACAAGCGCCUGUUCAUUACCAGCAUGAAUCAACAAGUUUACCGUCCAGCUCACCUGCAUCACCAGCUACGUCGACUGAUUCUCAAAAACGGUUGUUACACACCGAUAGCAGCGACCACGUGUCAUCUGCGGCUUCACCAUCUUCUUCGACAACGUCUUCGAAUUCGACGUCUUCGUCGUCGUCGUCAGGGUUAUUAAACAGUCUACUGGGUUGCUUUACAUGCUUUGACUCGAGUGAGCCAGAGUUGAGCGAUGACCUUCAUGAUUUGAGCCAACUACCUGCUAAUAGUCUUAUCCCGUACACACGUAUUCUGAACGCUGAACACGUGGGCCGUACACCCUAUGAAGAUGCAGAAAACCGUCACCGUCGCCGCCAUAAUAAUAAGAAUAGUAACAAUAAUAAUACUGAGGGUGAUGAUGAUGAUGACGAUGACGACAAUACCAAGGUUAAUGUUGAUGACGAUGACGAUGAUGACGACGAGGACGACGAGGACGAGGACGAUGUUGAAAGCAAGAGCGUUUCAGCCAGUGCUAGUCGUACAGCUCCUGCCAAGAGACCGGGCGCCGCACAUAUACCACGCCAAGCAUCAAGCACUUCUUCCAGUAGCACUUCCAACGACCGUUCUCAUAACAAACCUCACGUCCUACACAAAAAACCAAAACCUUCUGCCUCCUCUUCCUCAUCGUCACCUUCCCCUUCACCUUCAUCUACCUCCAAGAUGAAAACCCGCGUAGCGGCACGCCGCCACGCCACCAUCAGAGUCACGUUUGCCAAGCUUGUCAAGAAUGAUUUGGUGCCUAAACGGUUUGAUGUGGAGAUCGAUCUCACUUCUUUCCCCAACGCAUCCUCCCUCGACGUGGUGUCGUUAAUCCUCGAUAGAUCGUACGUCAACGCCAAACGUAACCGUUCCAUGCUAGUAAUCAUCAACCCUCACGGCGGGAAAGGGUCUGCCAAGAAACUAUACAUGCAGAAAUGCCACCCGUUACUAGCUGCUUCCAAACAAUGCACUAUAGACAUCGCCUACACAAAAUACGCAGCACACGCCAUCGACAUCGCUCGUGACCUAAACAUCGAUAAAUACGACACCAUUGUGUGUGCCUCAGGGGACGGGAUCCCUCACGAGGUACUCAAUGGUCUCUACCAAAGAAAAGACCGUGCCAAGGCCUUUGAUAAAUUAUGUAUCACACAAUUACCUUGCGGUUCCGGGAACGCCAUGUCUGUGUCAUGCCACUGGACUGUCAAUCCUUCAUACUCCGCUCUCAGCAUAUUGAAAUCCAUCGAGAAGAAGAUAGACUUAAUGUGUGUCUCCCAGAAAUCUUAUAUCGAUGGUCCUCAAGAUUCACCUUUCUCACGUCCACGGCUUUCCUUCCUAUCCCAGACAUACGGGAUUAUUGCCGAAUCAGAUAUCAACACGGAAUUUAUCCGUUGGAUGGGUCCGUCUCGUUUUGAUCUAGGAGUCGCUAUGACUGUUCUACAGGGCAAAAAAUACCCAUGUGAUAUAUAUGUGAAAUAUGCUGCUAGAACUAAAGAUGAAGUAAGGUUAAUGUAUAACCAACAUAAGAAUUAUGUUCCAACACCCAAGAAGAUUACUGAUAAAGAUUUCCUUUUGAAAUAUGAUAUCCAUGAUAAUAUUGAGAAUGAUCCAAGCUGGGAUAGAAUAGACCCUGAUUUGACUGAAAAUGUGGGGAUAUUUUAUACUGGGAAGUUGCCCUACGUGGCACCUGAUGUAGAUUUCUUUCCAGCUUCACAGCCGGAUGACGGUGUGUUUGAUCUUGUUAUUACAGAUGCAAGAACCUCCUUGGUGAAAAUUACCAAUGUCUUGUUAUCGCUGGAUAAAGGGUUGCAUGUUCAAUCUCCCGAAGUUCUUCAUGCCAAGAUUACUGCAUUGAAGAUUGUACCAAGAAUCCCUCAAAGUUUAUUUUCUGUCGAUGGGGAAAUGUUUGAAUUAGAACCUAUGUUGAUAGAAGUAUUGCCAAGAGUUUGUAACAUUCUUUUGAAAAACGGUACGUUUGCAGAUAGUGGCUUUGAUAAUAUAUAA